UCUGUUGUAAACACAUCAGCUGGCGCAGCAAAUUUGCUCGAUUGUUGUGUAAUUUUCUUUAUCAUUAAAACUAUCACACAUAUUAUGGAUCUUGAAUUAAGAAAUUUGAAGGAUUUCCUCGGACUGUACAACAAGGUAACGGAGCUCUGUUUUACCCGGUGUGUCGAGAACUUUUUCAGCCGAGACUUGUCCGGGGACGAAAUCCGGUGCACCGAACGGUGCGUCGGGAAGUUUACCAACGUCAACCAGAGGCUAAUGCAGGUUUACGUCGGCGUUCAGAGCGAGAUCAAUCUGCGAAGGAUGCAGGAAGUCGAGGCUGAACAGGCUAAACUGGCAGCGGCACAACAGGAACAGCAAAUCUCAUUAGAAGCUUCAAGUCCCCAGCCGGCUGCUGAAAUAGGAGCGAAUCCCCCGGAAGUAGCAAAAAUAGAAACUGUAGCCAAUUAAUUUU